AAAAGUUCAGAGGUCAAACCAUUUUAUAAACACGAUGAACGGGGAAACGCGCGAAAGAUCUGACGGUGAGCCUGCAACCAAAAUACGCAAAAUGUCUACAAUAAUAUCAAUACCUGAUGAGUAUGAGGGCUACAGCCUCAACACAUUUUGCGUCCCAAGGCAUUAUGAACAGGACCUGGAAAGGAUUCUUGUUCCCCAGGGGGUCAUCGCUGAUAGGACAGAAAGGCUUGCCAGGGAUAUCUGGGAUGACAUGGGGGAAUCCUCGUCUCUCGUCGUCCUCUGCGUCUUGAAAGGAGGCUACAAGUUCUGCUCCGACCUUCUCAAUUACGUGCAAGCCCUCAACCAGAACGCUGGACGUUCUGUGCAGCUGCGUGUUGACUUCAUCCGCCUCAAGAGUUACGAGAAUGACAAGUCAACCGGACAGAUCCAUGUUGUUGGAGGAGACAACCUUGAAAAUCUUGAGGGAAAGAACAUCCUCAUUGUUGAGGACAUCAUCGACACAGGUCACACCAUGCAGAGGUUACUAAAGGUCGUUGGAGGUCACAAUCCCAAGACAGUUAAAGUGUGCAGUCUAUUAGUGAAGAGGACACCUAGGAGUAUAGGCUAUCGACCUGAUUAUUGCGGAUUUGAGAUACCUGACAAGUUUGUGGUUGGCUAUGCUCUGGAUUACAAUGAGUAUUUCCGUGAUUUAGGACAUAUCUGCAUCAUCAAUGAAGAAGGAAAGAAGAAAUACGCCAUCUGAGAUGGAGGAGGAUGUGUGCUUGGCGAGAGGCUGGAGACUCGUGACAUCAUUAUAUGUUUAUUCUACUGUGUAGAAAUCUACAUGUAGGGCAUUUCACAACAGAGAUUUACUGAAAUUGCACUUCACUUUCUGUUUGUGUGUAAUUGCAUUGGCUUCUUGUGAACAUAGGUACUUGUGCGUUCCUGUGGACACACAGGUUCUUAUAUACCUUUGUUAUUUGGGUUCGCAUUUACACAUUUUUUAAUGUGUAGUAGGUUCAUUUGUACAUGUUUUAUUUAUAUUAAAACAUGUGCUUCUGUAAAUUUUCCGUAAAAGAUACAUAAAAAAGGUUAUAAAGGAGACAGCAAGAAAAGCAGAAGACCAUGAAAAUCUGCCAACUGGCUACACUUGUCUAUUCUAAUGUACAUAAGUUUUUAUGUAUAAUGGGUUGUUACAUAAGUUAUGCACAUGGGUUACUGGUGUUUAUGGGUGGUUAUGCAUAAGGUUCUUAUUUAUAAUAGGGUUUCAUUUUCAUGCAUUGGAUACUACUCGUUGCCUAUAACUUAAGGACCAACCUAGGAUGUCACUUUACAGAAAACUUUUAGAUCUCAAACGUUGGUCCUCGGCGGAAGUAUAAUUUUAAUUUGCUUUCAUGCUCAGUUUCUUAAGGCAUAGGGAAAACUUACUUUGUCCUGGAGAUGACUUUGUCAAAGCUGUCGACAGAAGCAUGAACAACCCACCAUUUAUUGAAGUGCAAUUUCAGUUGGUCAAAAGGGGCUUUUGCAAGAAAAUAUUUGCAAUCAAUUGCAAAUUCAUGCUGCAAUUUUACAAUUGAUUGAUUGAUCAAUCUUAGCUUGAGCAAAUCGGACUAAAUACAGGUUUGGGAAGCAGAUCAGGGCCCCGUCUUACAAAGAGCUACGAUUGAUCCAAUCAAUCGUAUGUCUAUGGAAAUCCAUCAGUUGCAUAAUUUUUUCAAAAUGUCCUUUGUAAACAAGGGUGAACCACCAAACUGUCAAGAAAACGAAUUUAUGUAAUUUACGUCAUAUCUAGAAAACACUUUGAACAUUCAUGCAUUUUAGAUGUUGACAUUGCCAGCCGUCCAUAAUUGUGAUUGAUCGGAUCGAUCGCAACUCUUUGUAAGACGGGCCCCUGGAAUCUAUUGGAAAUUUGCAGUUGAUAGGAAGAUAUAUGAUUGAUCUUGGAUCCCAAAUUGAUUUGCGAUUGAUUGUUAGGUUUCUUGCAAUGCCCCAACUGUUGUUGUGAAACACCUUUCUAAAUAUGUAACCCCAUGUACAGCCCACGCAGGACCCACCCUUGGCUGCCAUCUUUAAUCAUGAUUUCUGAACUUGUCUUGAGUGGCCAUCGUGUAAUUCUAAGUUCAGUGUUAUACCUUAUGGUGUUGGUGUUUGACCAAUAACUUGUCUUUGAUAACCAUUUGGGUAAUAUCAAGUUCAGUGUUGACCUUUUGGUGUUCGUGUUGGACUAAUUGCUACAUCAGCAUCACACCAAACUUGGGACAAAUUUGGCUCGUCGUUGAGCAAUGGAUACUGUGUUAUGUAUCAUUCUUGAACACUCGCAAAAUAGGUAUUACUAUUAGGGAAGGCAAUAUGGUUCUUCUAACAUCGACACCACACUUGAAAUCACUCAAUAUAGUUAAGAUCUCCACUUGAUGCCAUAUAUUAACAGGUUUAGGAAUCUGUGAUCUGUAGUAUGAAGAUCCAGAAAUUACACUGCAAGAACUCCGGUGUUGAUUUACCACCAGCCUCAAAUCUAUAUAUGUCCACAAUGGAAAAGUAUUGAAGCAACACCCCCGUUUGGAAUCAAACCGAUACUGUUUUAAUAUUACCUGGUUUUAUAUAAACACAUAUCUGGUGUCUGACCAAAACCAAACUGGCAUUGUCUAACCCUUCUCUGGUGUGGACAUAUAUAGAUUCCGGGCUGGUAGUAUAUCAACACCAGUUUUUGCAGUGUAUACCCUUAAAAAUUCAGUACUGAUGCCAAUUUCUGGCCUAUAUUAGUUUACAACAUGGAUUCAAGUUUUUCGAGAUCAUUAAGAAUCUGACUUGGCACCUGAGGUCGGGUCACCAGUAAAGCUUGCACACUGCAAAAACUCUGUUGUUGAUUUACCAUCAGCCCGGAAUAUAUAUAUGUCCACACCAGAGAAGUGUUAAGCAACUCCAGUUGGGUUUUGGUCUAACAUUAUAGGUGUUUAUAUAACACCAAUUACUAUUAAUUAGUAUUAAGACAGCAUUGGUUUGAUUCCAAACUGGUGUUAAAUCAACACCAGAGUUUUUGCAGUGCAGUCAUGCAUAACAUAUGAACAGCUAAAUGAAACACCACUGCACUAUUUAACUUAUUGACUUCUUAAUUUUGUGAUCCCAUGAGCUUUCUACAGGGAUCACCCAGUUCUAGUAUGUAAUGGGUUAACCGGCACUGCAAAAACUCGGGUGUUGAUUUAACACCAGCCCAGAAUCUGUAUAUGUCCACACCAGAAAAGCAUUGAAACAACACCAGUUUGGAAUCAAACCCUUGCUGUUUUAACACUAAUUGGUGUUGAACAAACACCUAUCUGGUGUUAGACCAAAACCAAACUGGUGUAGUUUAACACUUCUCUGGUGUGAACAUAUAUAGAUUCCAGGCUGGUGUUAAAUCAACACCGGUGUUUUUGCAAUGUGUUGACUACUAAAUUCCGUAAUAUCCGUAGGCUUUGUAUAGGGAUUACCUGGCUCAGGUAGGCAAUGGGUUAACCUGUUGACUACUGAAUUCUGUGAUUCCCACAGGUUAUGUGCAGGGAUCACAUGGUUCCAGUUGGAAAUGGGUUAACUUGUUGACUUAAUAAAUGUUGUAAUCCCAUAAGUUUGGUACAGGGACCCUGUGUUUUGGGUUGGCAAGAGGGUUAUGACUUUGCCUCAAGGUCAUUCCCAGCAUUUUCAUUUGGUCAUUAUAGACAGGUUGGUUAUAAGCUCUAUUGUACAGUGUGAAGGUCAAAAAUAUUACCCAUCAUGCAGCUGUGCCCAUUCCCUUUCCUAGCCAGAUUCAUCCUUUUGUAUAGUAACCUGGGGCCCGUUGCAGAAAGAGUUUCAAUCAAUCGCAACUCUAAACAUCAUGCGCAACUUGAUUUUCAACCAAUCAACAGCGCGCAUUUGGGACUUGCGAUUGAUUUUUUGACUUGCGUUUAAACGCAACUCUUUCUGCAACGGACCCCAGAUGGCAGUGUUAUCAUGGGGAGUGUUUUCACAAAGACUAGUGUGACUUGAGUUGCACUUAAAUUCCCAGUUGCAUGCAUCACCACAUUGAUCCGAGGAUCUAUUUUGCUACUGCAUGUAAAUCGAUGACUCUGCGCAAUAAAUAUCAUUGUGCAUGUCAGUACUAAGCACGUAAGUCGCACUUCGCUCUUUGUGAGAAAAAAAAUGGGGACUCUUUCACAAAGCUUAAAUGUGGUCAACUUAAAGCUUUUGUAACAAUGCAAAUGGUAUUGCAUAAACCAGUAAUCUCUCUGAUGUGCAGACUAUACUAGUAGUAUGCAAUCCCUGAUCGCGAUCUGACCAAUGCGGUGAUGUCUUGUACAGGGGCCGCGGAAGCGGGGGGGGCUGGGGGGGCUUCAGCCCCCCCACUUUUUUCAAACACCGUGUACAAAAACGUAAAAAUUACCAUAUGAUUGUGUUUUUUUGUAUGGUCAGCCCCCCCACUUUGAAAACCGUUCCGCGGCCCCUGUUGUAUACCAUGUGCAUCUUGGAAAUCGGUUCAACUUAAAAAGUCACAGUUGGGUCUGUGAAAACGCCCCCUGAAUGAAUGCCCAUCUUGUUCAGCAGCUUCUCUAUGUUGUCAUAGAAACAGGAGUUUGUGUGUGUAAUGUUUCUAUACAUAAUUCUCUGUUAAAGUGAAUAGACCAAAAUCACUGUCACCCUUGUUGCGACCUUUGAUCCCAGUCACCCUCAUUGCGACCUUUGACCCUAGUCACCCUACAUCCAUUUUAGGGAAAAGGAUUCCUAAAGGGCAGUUAGGGAUACACUAGUAGUGUAAUCCAAUUAUAAACUGUAUAGAUAUCAGCAGGGAUGCAGUUGAGGCUAGCCUCUCGGCCACAUUUUGCCGGCCUCAUGACUCGGAACUACAGGCCUCGACUACAUCCUUGCCUAUCGUACCUGAUAAAAUUGUAUCUCUCAAAAUUGAUUGAAGGUCUUGGUGAAUCACCUCCAAUACCUUUUCGUUUCAAACGCAACUUUCAGAAUCAGAUGCAAGUCCCGAAUGCUUGCAUCUGAUCAUUUGAAAAUUGUCUCUUUUUUCCCCCUGAAUAAACGUACUAAUGAUUAAAAUGUCUUGUUUUCUGAAUCAAGAUUGAUUUGUGCAUGCUCGGUUUAGUGCAAACCAUUUUCAAAUGAGUCGAGACUUUUUUCUUUAGAAUGUUUUGGAGGAGACAUUUCUUUUUCUUUGUGUUCAGAUUUAUGUGCUGCAUGCUAAUUUUCAUUUUGCCUAAAAUGUAUUUUUUGGACAAAAAAAUCAUUUUCUUUAUUCUUCAUUAUGAUAUUUUUCAAAAAUUGGACACUGUUUUGUGUUAUUCUAUUUGGAGAAAGAAAAAAAAUUGAUUUCCCCUGUUACAUUUAGUUGCCUUUGUUCAGAAAUUAAUAUGCCUGGGAGAAGUCAAGGUUUUUUUAAGAUAUUUAUUUAUUUUUUGCAAGUAUACGCUUGGAAAAGCUAAAAGACCCUACGAUAUUUCAACAAUUUGAAUUUCGAAGGAAUCUGUUAAGGGAUUUCAUGUGUAAAUUGUCCAUUCCAUAAAAUUCAGUGUAUUGUCUUACGGAUUUCAUAGGCCAUCACAUGGAUAUAAAUAUUGAUGUGCAAGGUUCAUUUUGGUUUUAGGACCUGAUGAUUUUCAUCAGUCAGCAAUAAAUUCAGUGUUAGAUUCAUUAAGGCUACCAUACCAACUUCCAGCAGAGUAUACAAAUAUAUAUUGUAGUCUUCAUAUCCUACCUCCAUAUCGUUUUAUCAUAAACCUGAUAUGCUUUUUCCAGUCAUCAUUUUGUUUUUCCUGGAAUGUACUAUUGAUCUAUGCGAUGUAAAUCAUGAAGAUAAACUUGUGUACAUGUGUAGCAUAUUAAGAAAAUUGUGGCAAAAAGCUAUUAAAAAUAUUGACGAGGAAACUUCAAAACAA